AUGGAAAGGAUCUACAAUGCCAAGAGGUGUCCGGACGACAAUAGAUUGGCAUUUACCGAGUAUCUGUUGACGGGAAAGGCUAAUCAUUGGUGGACCAGCAUGAAGAUGAUAUUAGCGGACAACCAAAUUCCCAUCUCUUGGGAAAUUUUCAGAAGUAAGUUUUAUGAAGAAUAUUUCUCGGAUAGCGUUUGUUUUACUAAGGAGGUUGAAUUUCUUCAGUUGACGCAAGGAGGUAUGACGAUAUCUGAAUAUACCAACAAGUUCAAACAUUUGGUUCGGUUUAAUACUAUGGCGACAAGCGAGGAGUGGCAGUGCCGAAAGUUUGAGAAUGGAUUGAGGAGUGAUCUCAAACUACUAAUUUCAAGUUUAUGUAUCAAGUCAUUUCCUUCCAUGGUGGAGAGAGCCAAGGUAAUGGAGAAGAACAUUUUGGAGGUGGAACAACAGAAGAAGCAGCAUCAACAAACCACCAGAGGACUGAUUUCUUCCAAGAAAAACUCGAAUCUGAGGAGAACCCCUUACACUCGACCCGCACUACCCUUCAUCUCUAGUGGGUCUCUUUCCCAGUCCCCGAGCGUUGUCGGUCAGUCUGGACAAUAA